AUGGUGUUCUCUUCAAUGCUCUUCCCCGUCAUCUUAUUCUUCUUCUUCUUCUUAAUAAUGUUUGAGCCCGCCGUAUUCGGCCUGUCAACAAAUAAUAAUUUUACUUCUAUUGAUUGUAUACCAAGGGAGAGGAAAGCUCUUUUGAAGUUGAAAGCAAGCCUGUUGGAUGGGUCUAACAGGCUUUAUUCGUGGAAUAACACCCGAUACAAAUGUUGUGCUUGGCAAGGCGUAAAGUGUGAUAAAGCGACUGGGCAUGUUAUCGGGCUUGAUCUCAGAAAUCGAGUUCUAGAUGAUUAUGGGUCGACGUCCCCGAGCUCUGAUAGCAUGUUACAAAGUGAAACACUUGAUUUUUCCCUGCUCGAAAUGAAGCAUCUCAAGUACCUUGACUUGAGCUGGAAUUAUUUAAUGGGCAGCUCGAUUCCAUCAUUCCUAGGAUCAUUAAACCAACUGCAAUAUCUCAAUCUCUCAAAUGCAGGAUUUGGAGGUGUUAUCCCUCACCAGCUCGGCAACCUCUCAAGCUUGCGUGCACUUGAUCUUGGUGUAAUGUGGGAUUCUCUAAGAGUCGACAAUCUCAUGUGGGCUGCUAAUCUUUCAUUGCUGGAGUCCCUUGAUAUGAGUCAUGUCAACCUUAACACCACAAAAGAUCACCUUGCGACGGUACUCAAUACGCUUCACUCUUUAGAAAUGUUAAGCUUGUCAAAUAGUGGGCUUGAUAACACAUACCUAACUCAUACUAGUUGCUUAAAUUCCACGCUACCUACUAAUAUACAACACCUAGAUUUGAGUCGAAAUCUAUUUGAAGGAGGUAUUCCAUGCUUUCUCCGUAACAUGACUUCAUUGCUAUUUCUUGAUCUUUCUUACAACCGAUACACCUCAUUGGACCCUCAUUUUCUUCUGUCGACAAAUCUUCAAUAUCUCAACCUUCAAGUUAACUCACUUAAUUACACCACGGAUUGGAUCUCUGAUCUGUUGUGGGAUAAAUGCCACUUGAAAUCAUUGAAGCUAGGGUAUAAUCAUUUUCAUGGAGAUAUCUCGAUAUUAUUUAAAAUUUUAUCGAGAUGCUGUAGCCACAACUUGGAGAAUCUAGAGUUGUGGUAUAAUGAUUUUUACGGGCAGUUGCCUGAAGAGCUUGGCGAAAUGAAGCAGUUGAAGGAUUUAGUUUUGUCUAGUAACAAGUUGUCUGGUCCAAUCCCAACUAUUUUGGGACAACUUUCAGAUUUGGAGCGGAUUAGCAUACAUGAUAAUGCCUUUGAGGCUACGCUCACAGAGACCCACUUCGAGAAGUUAUUCAAACUAAAAGACUUUAUGGUUGACUCUUACAAGUUCAAAUUAAGAGUGGGAGAUGACUGGACGCCUCCUUUUCAACUAGAAUACCUUUAUAUGCAAUCCAUUGAUAUCGGAGGCCAAUUUCCACAGUGGCUUCAAACACAAAAAUCACUACACUAUAUGUAUAUAUCUAAUUGUAGCAUUAGAGGCACUCUGCCAAGAUGGCUCAAUUCCAUCACAAAUCUGACUAAUUUAGUCUUAUCCAACAACCAUAUUGAUGGAUCUAUUCCAAAUCUUCCUUUCAGAAUCCGAGUUUUAGAUCUAUCAAAUAACGGGAUAACUGGUUCGAUACCCGAUUCCUUAUGCCAAAAGAGAGAUUUGUUUUAUCUGUUUCUCUCCAAGAAUCUUUUGUCAGGUCACCUUCCAGAAUGUUGGGCCAACUUUCCAGUUUUAAUGGUUGUAGAAUUGUCAUCUAAUAAGCUUUCUGGGCCCAUUCCAAACUCCAUUUGUGGAGCUUCCUGGUUGGCAUGGUUGCAAUUGAGUAACAACAGUUUUAUAGGGCAGCUCCCCCCAAAUUUGAAGAAUUGCACCCAGUUAAUAGGUUUGGAUAUUGGAGACAAUAAGUUAUCAGGGAAAGUUCCAGAAUGGAUUGGAAACAAUCUGCUUAAUCUUGCAAUUCUUAGGCUAAGGAACAACAAAUUCUACGGAGACAUACCGUCAUCUUUCUGUCAGAUGUCCAAACUUCAAAUAAUGGACCUCGCAAACAACCGGUUGACAGGAAACAUCUCACGUUGCUUUGGCAAUUUCUCGGGAAUGGUCCACGAUAAAACCACUCUCGGGAUUGAAAACUUCUAUGGGAUCAAUUCAUUCAGUGAAGUCUUGAAGGGAGUGGUGCUGGAGUAUAGUCAAAAUACACGAUUAUUGAUCAAUUUUGAUCUUUCAAGUAAUCAACUAGUUGGAGAAAUCCCUUUGGAGCUGACAAACCUCACUGGCUUGAUGGGUCUCAAUUUGUCUCAUAACCAUCUAAGAGGAAAAAUCCCAUUAAAGAUUGGAGAUAUGGUGUCUCUCGAAUCACUUGAUCUUUCCAACAACUAUUUGUUCGGAACAAUUCCAGAGAGCUUAUCAAAGUUGACCUUUUUGAGUCAUUUGAACUUGUCCAACAACAAUUUGUCUGGGCGUAUCCCGACGGGACCUCAACUUCAAACACUCAACGGAAGUUCGGAUUAUGAGGGAAACCCUGGACUCUGUGGGGCUCCAUUGGCCCAACAAUGCAAAGACGUUAAUAGAACACCGCCGAAAGGUAAAAAUGGUGGGGAACACGGUGAUGAUGGAAAUGUAGUCGACAAGUUAUACCUCUAUGAAUUUGUAGUUGGUGGUUUUGCCACUGGAUUAUGGGGUUACUUUGGAGUUUUGAUUUUCAAAAAGAGUUGGCGGCAGACUCUGUUCGGGUGGAUGGAUGCUCUGUUGGAAAAAAUGAUGGGGCGGAGUUAG